GCUCGUUUCCAGCUCGAUCCUCCAAGCAAAUGGAACUUGUUCAUUUGAAAUGCGAACUUGGCGAGCGCAAGACACGACCGUCGGCAAAACCAAAACCAAAUCCAUAAAUCUCGUAUAUCUAGUAUAUAUAUGUAAUACGGUUACGGUCCACCAUUACGUACUCGUACUCGUAUAGCCCACUUUUGGCUACUCAUUUGGCGGCUGCUCUGCUCGAUGGCUGCUUUGACACCAUCGCCAAAUCAAAUUAACACCCACGCGCAUCUCAGACCUCAGACAGUUGUGAUUGCUGGUGAUUUGCACAAAUUUGAACGCUAAUCAGAGACGUCUCGUGCAAUCCAAAAAAUAAUAACAAGACCACAAGACCACCGCUAGACUAAAAACAGACUCUCUGUCUAAUGUUAUCAUUAGUCAGUGUACUUUAUAUAUUUUGGUAUUUUUUGACUGUGAAACCAUUGUGCCAAAAGUGACAAAAACUAAACAACAGAAGAUCCAUCAAGUGUUAAUAUAUACUAGAAGAUAUUUUAAGAUACGAUAGCCACCACAACCCACCACCAUGAUCACCAUGAACGAGCUGGUGGAUCUGCGGAUGCAGCAGCACAUAGCCCACGAGAUAUAUCGCCAGCAGAUCAUGCAGCGAAUACCAGAUCCCUUUCCCCCCAUGCUGCCCAUUCACAUGCCACGCCACGUGAUCAUGCCACCGCGUGUGACACUGCCCGGCGUGGAUAUGACACUGCAGAACGACGAUCUGUGGAAGCAAUUCCAUCAAAUUGGCACCGAAAUGAUCAUCACCAAGAGUGGCAGACGGAUGUUCCCCUCCAUGAGAUUGAGCGUCUCCGGCUUGGAGGAUGAGACCAACUAUUGCGUCCUACUUGAGAUGGUGCCCAUCGGCGAUGCCCGCUACAAGUUCUCCGGCUCCCAGUGGGUACCGGCUGGAGGAGCCGAACCGCAGAGCCCCCAGCGAAUGUAUCUGCAUCCGGACAGCCCGGCCACAGGCGCCCACUGGCAAGCCCAGCCCAUUCUCUUCAACAAGGUGAAGCUGACCAACAAUACCCUGGACAACAGUGGGCAUAUUGUCCUGGCCAGCAUGCACAAGUAUCAGCCGCGUCUGCAUGUCAUACGCACCGCUGAUCUGGCGCAGAUUCCCUGGGCCCCACAGCAGGCCUUUGUGUUUGCCGAGACCGAGUUUGUGGCCGUGACAGCGUAUCAGAACGAUCGCAUCACGAAGCUGAAGAUCGACAACAAUCCGUUUGCCAAGGGCUUCCGCGAAACGGGACAAUCGCGCUGCAAACGCAAGAUGUCUUCAUCGCCAACCGGUGAAGAUCAAGAUCAGUCGCUGUUGCUGUCACAGCCACAGACACAAGCACAUCCACAGUCUCAAUCCCAGUCCCAGUCCCAAUCGCUUGACAUGUCACCAACAAAAGCCAGCGAAACAAAAACUACAGCGGACAACAGCAGUCGCGAUCUCGGAUCAGAUGGGCCGCAAAUUAAGCGAUUGAGAUCAAAUGGUUCCGCCUGCUCCUUAUCCUCAUCGCUGGACGGCAACGGUAGUGGCGGUGUCGGCGUCGGCGGCCCAGAGCCUGUGCCAAUGUCUGUGGCUGGCGCCAUCUCCAUGGGACUGGGAUCGCCGCCCCCAGGCCUGGGGCAACAUCGCAGCGUCUUCAUGCAGCACUUCCAGACCCUUCUGCGACCCUCGCUGGUGGACCUGGCCUGCACGUAUUUCGGACGCAGCGCUCACGACUACAAUGGCGCGAUGCCGGUUUAUCCGCCAGCCUCCAUUUUGCAAGCUGCUCUUCCCCCACUUCCUGCUCGGCCACUGCCGCAGGACAUUUCCGGUGGGGAGCCGACGUCGGAUGAGUCUGGGGCGGAUGACCUGGAACUGGAUGUGGGGAGCGAGACGACAGCAACGCCGUUGCAGCAGCAGGAGCAGCAACAGCCAGUAGAGCAGCCCCCGGAACCCUCCACCAGGAGCAAGGGCUUUAGCAUAUCCGCCAUUUUGGGCGGCAACUAGAGAAGGAUGCCUCAUGAGAUCCCUGCUACUAAUUCUGAUAUUACCCUUGCCUGAUUAGAUCAUAAUUAAAAUUUUUUUUUUAAUUUUACUUUUUUUUUAAUCAAAAUAAAGUUACUACUGCUUUACUUA